CCGGGAACUCUAGCGAUAAAAGGGCGUUAUAUAAUUCAAGCACGAUCCUGCUUGUCCUCGGUGGCGAACUGUCAACUGCCAGCUGUUACCCUGGGAUCAAAUCUCCACUUUCGACGUCGAUUGGUUGGAUUUCGCAAUCCAACCCCCAUCAUGGCAUCAUCGCAUUCUCGCCCUUUUGCUUCGAUCGCGCCGAAUCCGGCGCAUGCUGCGACAUUCUCCAAACCAUCGUUGUUGCCCCGCCGGACGAAACAGAGCUCGGCGUGCACGGGAUGCAAAGCGCGGAAGACCAAAGUAUAUCACAUUGCUCGUGCCAAGUUACUCCCCUUGUCGGAUGAAGUUUUGAUAAUAUCCAGUGUAGUGGCACCCACCCCUGCGAGAAAUGCACCCUCAGUGGCCGGGAAUGCAUCUUCCCCGCGGGCCUCGACAGGCGCCGCAAAUACGCGCAGCGACGGGUGGAGCAGGAACUCGAGGGUGUGCAUCGGCUGCUCGAUUUGAUCAUCGAGGUGUUUGAGGCAGGUGAUUCUGCCCAGUUAAAGGCGCUGAUCACGUCGGCGAAAGAGGACCGCGCCCGGGAAAUUGCGCUGUUUGACAGGCGGACUCCGUCUAUACUAGAGGAGUCGGGGAGCCAGAGCCAGGGCUCGAGAAGUAGCUUGGUUCUGGGGGAUGACGUUAUGCAGAGUGACGAUGAGGAGGACACUAAACGACCCGGCUCGGCCUUGUCCUCGGGCUCCUCCACAUCCGUUGGCUCGCUCAGGGAAGUAAACACGCUGACUGAAGACCCCAACCGCAACGAGGGAAGCCGCGCGACAGGGUACAUAGGGAAAGAAUCGGAAAUCGCCUGGAUGCAGAAGCUCGAGGCCGAAGCCAGCAAGCUGGAUCGGGGCGACGCCCAAGAGAAGAGGCCCUCGCGAGUCGAGGAGCCGAUUGUCUCCAUGAGCUACCACCUGGAUAAUCUGAGAAUCGUCGACUCGGUACCUGCGGACCCGAAAUUCCUGCCGCCCAAGGCGUGGGCGGCGCGGCUGAUCAACAUCUUCUUCAACACGGCCGACCACUUCUUCCCGCUGAUCAACCGGUCGUUGUUCUAUUCGCAAUUCGAUCGCGCCUUCUCCCCAUCCGGUUCGGAGCCGACUAACAAGUGGCUGGCUGUCCUCAACUUGGCCCUUGCUAUCGGCGCAAGACACUACCAGCUUGCAGAGCCCGAGGCUGGCAAGGACGUCGAUGACGGAAUCUUCCUGUCGAGAGCGCUAUCCCUCAACCAGACCCAUUCUCUGGCAAUGGAGCACUCGGACCUGCAUCAGGUGCAGAUGGAUCUUUUGCUGGCGAUAUACUACCUGACAUCUGGCCAGGUCAAUAGGCCGUGGCAGAUAACAGGCCGUGCAACACGUUCGGCCAUCUCUCUAGGCCUCAAUCUUCGUACACUCAGUGACCAGAUAGACCCCGUGUCCAAAGAAACGCGAAUCAGGCUCUGGUGGUCCAUCUUCGCCAUCGAGCACAUCCUCUCGUCCAUGACGGGCCGGUCUCCGUGCGUGGACCACCACGCAAUCUCCGCGUUUCCGCCAAUCCCUUUCUGCGAGGCACACUUUGGCGAGCCCGAGGCCGAGAAACUCCUUUCGGAUGCCCUCCUCCGUGAAGAGAGAUUAUCAUGGGCGAUUUACGCCAGCGACGCGGACCUCGAAUCUCGCAGCCAGUGGCUCAAGGGCAUCGAACCGACCCCGGCCCUCUUCUUCUUCCACUUUGUCGACCUCUUGAUCAUCACACACGCCGCCGUCAAAGCUAUUUACACCCUCUCCAAGGACAGGGACACGGGCCAGGCCGAAAUCCCGCUGUACCAGAAACGGCUCCAGACCUGGCUCGCGCACCUGCAGCAGCCCUUUGCGUUUACUGAUCAAGAGACAGUCCCCGAGGUCGCCCGGGACUCCCGGGAGCAGGUAAGUCUCGCGAUGGCGUAUUACAGCGCACAAAUCAUCCUGAGCAGACCGUGUCUCACGCGCCCGGACAUGAGAGAAGGAACCAACAUCCGCUUCCCGCGCUCCCGCUUCGGAAACGAUACCGCAAAGACCUGCGUGCACUCUGCCGUCGCCCUGAUUUCCAUUCUCCCCGAUGACCCGGACACCCGCUGGCUCCUCCGCAUGACGCCCUGGUGGUGUGUCCUGCAUUUCAUCAUGCAGGCGGAAACAGUCCUCCUGAUCCAACUGGCCAUCGGCCAGGUCCCAGUCGAAGACGACGGGCACGGGAAGAGGCGACAUAGAGGCGGACUGUAUACCCACGCCGACCCCGGGGCCGUUUUGCAGGGCGCGAAGAAGGGCGUGCGCUGGUUGCAUGCGAUGAGCAACCAAGACGCGAGUGCGGCGCGGGCCUUCCGCAUCACAGAGAGGUUUCUGCGCAGGAUUGCGGCUGCCAAGGGGUUGGAUUUGGAGGGCGUACCCAUGGCCGCAGAUGAUGGUGGGCAGGAUUCGGGGCAGGCCUUGUCUGCCUCGCAUCCGUGGGGCAUGCCGCCCUGGGCAGAAGGUGUGAAUUGGGGCCCGGAUGGUACCGUGUCCGAGGGGGGGUCUGAGCUACAUCAAGAUACUCCCUUCGCGCUGGAUCCGAUCUUCCUCUCGGGAGAUGACGGGCAUGGCGGGAGGGGGUAG